UGUGCAGUCCAUCGACCGGGCGGACUCGUCGGUCGCUCUUAUUUCAUAUUUUCGUGGAACGACAAAGACAAUUCAAUAAAUCACGAAAAUUAUGACUUAAACUCGAAAGAGUUGAGAGAACUUAGGUAAAUCAAUACCAACACGCCGUUUUAGGUUCAUAAAACAUAAAAAAUACGUCCAAUCUGUAUCGAAUCGGCUGUGACUUGUGAGUGCGGAGCGACCUUUAUUGGUGUUUAUUUAUGUUUUGUGAGUGGGUAUCUUUGUGUUUGUUUUGCAAACAAAAAGUUUAUCCUGGAAAAUAGUUGAAGUGCAAGAAUAUGUGGAGAGUGCGGCGGUAGGGAGUAGGAAUAUUAUGUCGCUAUCGUGGUAAGGGCGGCUGGUCGGCGCUAUGUUGUGGUGUGCGGUGCUGUGCGUGGCGCUGGGCGGCGGCGCGGCGGCGGGGCAGGCGUGGCUGUCCAACAUCACGGAGCACCUGCGCGAGGGCACGUCCAGCGUGCUGCAGGCGGCGGCCGUCAACUACUCCAAGCCGGUCAUCAACGCGACCUAUGUGGCCAGCGUGGAGUUCGACAUGCGGGCCAUGGGCCACCUCUACAACUCCACGCCUGUCAUCAUCGACGUCAUCGCCAAUAAGCAGGCCUAUCCUGAAGGCAUGGUGUCGGUGUCGGACGGGCACGUGGAGUUCGCGUCUCCGCGCGAGGAGUGGCGCACGCUGCUGGCGCACUACGCGGGCCCCACCGCCGUCAUCGUCAUCGUGGCGCUGCUCGUCGCCAUACUGCCGUUGGCGGGGUUGUUCUGGUGCUGCUGCCAAUGGUGCCGCGUGGGGCGGCGGCGGAGGCCGUUCGACCGCAAGUACGACGCCUGCCUGAAGGGCAUCCUCGCGAUUCUCUUCAUCGCACUCCUCACGCUGUUCCUGUUCGGCGUGGUGUGCGCGUUCGCCACCGACUCGCAGAUGGAGAGCGGUUCCGCCGCCACGCCCGACUCGCUGCGCGCCGGCAUCAAGGACGCCUGCACCUUCCUCAACAGCACGCAGGCGCACGCUCGCCACCUGCUCGUCGACAACUACCGCGAGCUGGAGGCGCAGCUCAACGCCACGCUCACCUCCAGCGGCCAGUUCGUGCUGCGGCAGCUGGACGAGUUCACGAGCGCCACGUCCGUGCAGAAGCUCAGCCACAUGGUGGAGCAGCUGGAGCGCGUGCCGGCCGAGCUGCGGGAGGUGCAGCGCGCUACGGUGGACUUGAGGACUAAGGCCGAUGAGCUCAACACUGGCCUGCGGCAGGUGAAGACGCAGCUGCUGCGCACGCUGGCGCGCUGCCAGGAGCCGCAGUGCGUGCAGCUGCAGGAGAAGUACAAGAUCGGGCAGCUCGACACAGACAUACAGUAUGACAAGAUGCUUGACAAAUAUUUCCCAACGAUCCCGGAUGUCUCGGAGCUGCUCAACAACGUGACGCAGCUGGUGGACGGCGCAAUGCGGGCCGAGGUGUCGGCCGGCCUCCAAGUGUUCUCAGGCAUCAAGCGCACGGUCGACCAGCACAUACCGCGAGUGCGGGAUGCUAUCACUGCCACAGGGCAGCGGCUGUCGCGCGUGGCGGACAGCGUGUCGUGGGCGGCGGGCAACGCCACGGCGCAGCUCAGCGGCAGCGACGCGCCGGACCAGCUGCAGGAGAUGCUGCGGCGGUACGCGCCCUACCGCAAGCACGUCACGCGCACCGCCGCUGCUGCGCUACUGGCGAUCGUGUGCAUCAUGACGUGGGGGCUGCUGUGCGGCGUGUGCGGCAAGCGCCCGGACGCGUACGGCGCUAGCGACUGCUGCAACAAGGGCUCCGGGUCUUCAUGUCUCAUGUGCGGAAUGGGUGUGACGUUCCUGGUGGGCGGCGGCAUCGCGUUGCUGCUGCUGCUGUACUUCGUGCUGGGCGUCGGCCUGCAGCGAUUGCUCUGCGACCCGCUCACGGAGCCGCGCAACAACCGCGUGUUCUCGGACGUGGAGCGCUUCGUGGACCUGGAGCGGAUGCUGUUCAACGAGCGCGCCGACCCCGACUUCAACCUCACCUAUGUUCUGGUCAACUGCCAUCGCAACAAGACCAUCUAUCAGGCCCUGCAACUACACCGCCUGUACGACCUGCAAGCCUUACGCGGGCAGGUGGCGGCCGAGGUGCGCACGCGCGUAGCGGCGCUACGCACGGACUACCCGCCGCGCGGGCGUCCGCUGCGCAUCCUGCCGCCCGCCGCGCGCCGCAAGCUCGACCUGCUGGCGGAGACGGGGCUCUCAGACUUUAACUUUGACCGCAUCCUCUACGCGCUGGAGACCAACAUGACGUCGCUCUCGCUGGACGGGCUUGCAGCACAGCUGCGCAGCACGGCGCGCGCGCUGGCGCCGCGCGGAGGCUUCGCGGAGGUGGCGGACAGCUUGCAGCGCGCCGCGCUCAAGCUCAGCACGCUGCACGACGACGUGGUGCAGCCCAUGCUGCAGCGCGUCGCGCAGCUCAACGCGACAGCGUCGGAGCUGCGCGACGUGCUGCGCUUCAACCAGUCGUCGCUGAAGGAGGCCAUCAACUACCGCAUCCGCGACACCACCGAGGUCGAGCUGUUCCUCAACACGCAGGGCCCAGACCUAGUGCAGAACUUGACGCGCGAGUUCGCGGAGGCGAUGGGCGCGCGGCUGCAGGAGUACCUGGAGCUGGUGGUGCACGCCGCCAACAACGACGUGGGGCUGUGCGCGCCGUUGUCCAACGCGUUCAACGCCACGCGCGACUCGGCGUGCCGCGCCGUGCUCAUGCCGGCUAACGGUUUUUGGAUCGCGCUAUCGUGGUGCGUGGUGCUGUUCCUGCCGCUCCUCAUCGUAGCGCAGAAGCUGGCGCGCCUCUACCGCCACCCCGACCCCUACCCCGGACCCCUGGUCGAGGCCGAGUAUUUGUAUGACGCGUACGCGGACCGCGAUAACGUACCCCUCGCCAAUGCCUACAAGGCUGAGAAGCGCAGCGCCGGCGGCAGCGGCAGCGGCGGCGGCGGCGCGCGGCGCAGUGCGCGGGAGGAGGGGCCGGCCGUGGCGCCGCCUGUCGACGCACACCACGCGCGCAGAUAUAAUGAUAUGGCGCCAAAGCACUGGGAAGAAGGACCGCCCCGCUACCACGGCCCUACGGAGUACGAACGCCCUCCGCCAUACUACUAUCCCGGACCCGCUGAUAGACAGUAAACUGGCCCUCACGGAACUGGACGACGACUUCCUGAAGUACUGAGAGUGCAUCACGCCACCACCCGCCACGCCAUCCAUCUCACGCCAUUGUAUACCUUACGCCGUCACGGCAAGGACGUAUUUUACGUGCCACACCCAUUCCAAGUUACUACAUUUUAAGUCUAGGCAUAACAAGUUAGGCCGAGGCAAAUUGAUUGAACAUCUAUUCGCAGUAAGAUCUAUUAUGUCCCCCAGUUCAAGAUUUCAACACGGGGUUAUAUAUAAGUAGAUGUGCGAUCAAUUAUACUGCCUAUUUAAUGUGCCCCUAGUAGGUAUAUACCAUAAGAAAAAAGUAACGGGCCGUGCCACAAUUAAGUUAUAGACUAUAGGAAUAGAGAAAGUAAAAUACAAAAAGCAAAAAAAAACUAUUUUUCUAGAAUAAUUACCGAAUAGCAUCCUCUAUGCGUUAUUUCCGGCCUUGUUUGCCCUAAAGAUAGUUAAAUUUAAGAUAAACGAGGAAGGUAAACGUUUGAACGGCCAGGUAUCUCAGUGGGGGUCGUGGGGUUCGGUUCUCGGUUACGGUAACUGCCAUAUUUCGACUGUCUAUAGUUUACUCUUUUAGUGAUUUUUUAUAUAUAUCUUCAGCGAGCGGUUUCUAUCGAACUAUUCUAUAUAUUAUAUUAUAUUGAUUAUAGUUAUACUUUUGUAUGUACUUUAACUUAACUUACUUAAAAUAAAGCUAUGUAUGUGGUUACGGAAAUUACAGUGGUGCUUAUUUGGGACACUGAAUUCUUUGCAUUCUUUUAUGUAAAAAUCUCUUUAGAGGUGUGUUCGUAUUAUUUCCUUUAUAAAGGUGCAGUGAUGUAUUCGGUAGAGGCCUCGCUCGUGGCUCAAGGUUUAUAUAUGUAUGUUUUUUGUAUAGUAGGAGGUUAGGAGGUCGCGCUUUAAUGGUUUCAGAGUUUGAAUGCUUUAAUGUAGGGGUUCCUGGGUGCGUAUAUGCGCAACCCAUACACGCACAUUUAAAAUCUGUUGAAAUAUUUGCUGGAUUGUUUGACACUCACGAACUUGUAACUUUAACGUUUUAUCUGGUGCGAGUGAAGCAUCAUAAGCUACUUAGGCACGCAGUACAGACAUAAACGUUGAUAUAAGCGCGGACACCAGCGCAGAGAGAAGAGAGAAAUAAAUAAAAACUACUUACUACUCAUAUAAAGAGCUAAAACUCACGCAAAUUAUCGAAAUAUGCCUGACUAGUUUUCAAACUUAACAACAUCAGAAUUCAAUCAGCAAACAAAUCAGAUUCAUAAUAGAUAACGUGAAAAUUUAUCCCGUUAUCGUUUGAAAUCUGAUUGGUCGUGUGAAGACAUCUCUCCGCUCCGCUUAGGCGGGAACGGAGUCUAACGCUGAUUUAGCGCAGCGUGUAUGGAUUGCGUACACACACACACACAACAACGAACCCUUACCUUCACGUUGUCGCGGGCACCCGCACAAAUACACGGGAAUCUGAGAGAUUCGUAUAUUAGCAUAUUGUUCUAGCAUAAGUAACACUAUCCUUACACGGGGAGACCCGAAAACAAUGCAACAAGAAAUGUAUAUGCCAACGCGAUUGCGUAGUUGUUGAAAAUUUUAACAUUUUUCGCUAUGAUGUCAUUAUUUGAUAGGUUUUGUAUGUCAAGCUAUCAAAUUUGAAGUCAAAUGUCAAGGAAAAUCCAACGUUUUGAUCUUCCCGUGUGAAGAUAGUUUAAAUGGAAUUCGUUUAGUCUGUUAUUUGACUUGAGACACUACGAGUGAUAGGAUCGAAUUUUAGUUGUAAGUAGAAGGGUAGGAGGGCAGGUCGGACGGAUCCAGGCUCGAAGCUAUAGCGCACGGGGCGCUUGCGGUCACACGCUGCUGUAGUUAUAGACACUGAGGCACUCUUGUUUGACUUUAACGAAAGUCCUGAACAAAUCAGGAGUGUGUGCAUGGUUGGUGAACGAUUUGAACGAAGGGAUGUGCUUAGUGACAAUUUGUGGCACUGUAUCCUCAAUUUAUAUCCCCUUCGGCACACUGACGUAUCGCUGACAGCGACUGACUGAAAACUGACAGCGACGCAUUUCGCAUGCGUUAGCGAAACAUCAACAGCUUUGCGUUAAAGCCAUAAACGGGUUAAUCGUUUCGCUGCCAUAUCAGAAUGCGUCAAUAUACUAAAGGCGUUAAAAUUAUAAUUUUCAAUGAAAAGUGACAGACACAGUUUUGUAUGAAGCAGUCGAAUUUUUCACUGCUGUAAAAUAACUCGAGUUACAUUCAACUUGACUGAUGCCAUGUCUAUAUUACGUAGUCCAAAUACUGCCGCACAGUGUAGACUGCUUGUAGACUGCAGUAAUGUCAACUGUGCAAAAACCGCAUCCCAAGUGCAGUUUUGCAGUUGGCUUGCAUUUCAAAUGCAGACCCACUGCAUACACAAGUAAAAUUAUAGAGUUGUACUGCUUCGCUUGGUAUUCAAUCGUUCACCAUCGAUGCUAUAGGUCAAAGUCCGCGUUGUAAGGAAGGGUGCGAGGAACGAAAAUCUCGUUCGGUAGGACAUCACGUUUUCGAGAUUCUAAUGCAUUUAUAUUGUGAACUUAGUAUUAUGAAAUUUACUCUCUGUGUAACGUAGGACGUAAGUUUAAGUGAAUGUGGGAAAGAGACGGCGCACUCGCGCUACUACAACUCAUGCCAAUAUGGAAACAAAUCCAAACGAAGCGAUGUUAUUUAUUCCGUCUCACUCACACGUUAAGGAAUGAUUAACGCCGCCAAUGUCAAUCAGUUUCUUUAUUGGUAAGAGUUAAUGAGGUCCGUUAGCGUUUUAUACACGGUCAAACCAAGGUCAUACACUAAUGAUGAAAAUAGAUAAUGAAUUUGGUUUACUCUACGUUCGUCGAUUGGUAAUAAUUACUGACUUACGAGGAGUCUAUUCAUUGUCACUGUAUAAGGCGCUUUAUUCGCUAUGUCGUUCAAAUCGUAACUAAAUUUUGGACGUCAAAAUUGACAGUUCAAGUUAUUACGAUUUCAAUAUCAUGUGAAUCGGGCCUUGUGGAGCUAGCACGGAAGUGUGAUUAUUACCUAACUUUGCAAUCGCAAUUGUUACUUACGACAUUGCCGUCGUGCCGUCACGUCAUCAAAGAUGAUUGCGAUCGUCGCCCUGUUGCUAUCACACUUUCGUGCUAGAACAACUGGUUUAUCUGAGUAACGAUUACCUACUGAUAGGAACAAGGUUUGUAUACCAACUCAUUACUGAAUAUUUAUUCAACCCAAGUUCCUUUUGAGAAGUUAGCGCGCACGCGUCCCUAUCUGCCAAUAUAGAAUAUAAAAUACUCUAAGAAGACGUCACAUCAAAGAAUUGUCGAGUUAGUGCUAGUCUAUACGUAACACUAACCUAUCUGUAUGUUAUUUUAGAUUAAUUGUGAUUACUCGAUUAGUUAAUUGAUAAAUAUAAUUAGUAGUUUUUAAUUGUUGACUCGAAGUGCAAACUUUGUUUAGGUGAUGUGUCAUAUCGUGUUGAUCGUCUGAGUAACGCCAGAAACAUGAGGACGCAGGUGACAGCUCGACCGCCUGUGAGGCGAGCUCGUGUAUUUUGUUUUGCAUUGUGUCCGAUAACCUUAGUGGACGCCGUUAGCUGCCAUUGGACAAGUAAUCUGGCGUCAAUCUCGGUUUGACGAAAUUGACUCUCCACUACUUCAAUCUCAAACAUUAGGCGGUGGAAAGUGGACACUAUGGAGUGUAGUAAAUCCGAAGUGAAUCGUCUUUUUGAGAACGACUUAAACUCAGCUUUAUUCUCUUGAACAUAACGGUGGAACCACACAUGCCGUUGGAUUCAAGUCGCCAGCCAAACCCGCCAAAAACACAUGCCGCCUUUUCGGCAGGCGGGCUAAACAUGUGUGGAGACUUAAAAUAAGAUGAAAAUUGUUAGAAUGAGAAUAGAACACGGAAAAGACUCAAAGAACGACGAAGCAAGUCUCUGAGAUUGAGAUAUUCUAUAGAGUGUACUUUGACUUUGCUGAGAUUUAAGUUUCUAUUAAAACGAGACAGAUUUAUGCCGGCGAUGUCUCGUUGUGACUGUCUCAUUUUAACAGCGUCUUAAACCUGAGCAAAGUCAAAGUGAUCUAUAGUUCUCAACUUUAAAGUUUAUAUUAAUCUCUGCCAGAUUAAUUGCCAAAUGGCUGCCUAAGAGUUAUCCUUGAAUUAUGUUCGAUGAAGUGAGCAGUAUAGGGUACCGUUAUAGGUAACGUUUUGUAUCGAAUUUAUUUUCACAUAACUUUAACGUAACUUAAUGUUGUAACCUUGCCACCUGUUUUGAUCUCCCGGUGCAAGUCUUCCUCUCGUAUCUUCACGAGAAACUAUUCGCUCAUUUUUCCUACAAACCGGUGAAAUCACAUCAAAAUGAAUUUAGUCUGCUCAAUGUAAAAAUUGUUCUGUUGAAAUUUUGGUGCUAACGAAGCAUCUUCAUAGUCUUAUUUAGUUUGAAUUUAUUGAAAGCUCUAUUUGUAUUGUAUAUUAUUAUUUUCGUGUUUAGCGAAAUUAGCUAUCAAGUGGCGUCUAAUGUAAUUUUUAAUUGUAAAAAAAAAAGUAAAAUUGAGACUGCGUGCAGACUGAUAAUUUUGACGUACGAUUCAGUUGCGCAACUAUUGUAAUCUUUUAUGUAUGAGGUAUCGAUUUGUUAUGCAUCGAGUUCACCGCGUCGGUGAGUCCGUUGACACAACCGGAACAAUCGAAAACAUCUCGAUGGUUAUAUUGUGAGAGAAAUGUCAACUCGACUGAAAAAAAUUGCGAUUUUCUCGACUUUUAUAACAUCUUGGAAUCCCGUAUCGCUUGGUAUCGAAUAAUUCGUGUGAAAGCCUGCUUCAGUUGUCACAAAUGAAACAGUUGCGCGACUGAAUCGCGCGGCUAAUUUCCACAGUCCGGAAAAAUGUCAUUGUACUGUACAUUGGGUAGCGAAUAAGUAAAGCUGUCUUUAAACUAUCUUUAUCUUUUGGAGCGAACUUAUUGGCACAUUCCGAGCAAAUAAAUACCUAUUAUGAUCGUUAUGUUUAGGAAUAUUUCGGUUCGUUACCCAAUUUUCGUUGUAACUAGGGGUUGAUUCCACAACGCAUUCGCAAUCAAACAAUUGCGAUUGAUCUGAACUGGAAAUUAUGGUUUCAUUUCGAAACCCAGAGUCGAUUCCACGGUUAUUACUGGUACUGAUUCCGAUUGCGUUGUGCAGUCACACCCCAGUUUGGUGCAUAAAUAAGUAAAGGGCUACAUUGGUGCUUGUCUUUCGAACCAGGGUCUGGAUUCUCUAUAAUAUCAUUCAAAUAGCUGUUCAUUAUGCGUUUCAAAUCUGAAAACUAUCGGCAAGAUAUUUCGUAACUCUUGCUCCUACCAAACUUUUACCGCUAGCAAAUUAAUUUUACUAUUUAAUUAAUCAAAAAAUUCUAAGCCAAUACAUUUCAAAGGUGGCGAUAGUCUUUACAUUUGAAAUACAUAAUAAGUAACUUAAUUGUGACGUCAAAUUCUUGUUUGAACAGGGUGUCUUUGACGUUUCAAAUCUCGACUACGAGUGUGGUUAUAUGAUUAGAAUAUCAAAGCGAAGAAAGGCGCAGGUUGGAAUAUGCCAAAGGGAAUGUAAUUCCUAGCCAGCUCGCCCUCGAGUCUAGUUGCAAUGCUUGUAAUUCCAUGAGGUCUGUAGUUGUAACUUGUAACGAUGUUGCGCAGAUCUGGUCUGUCUCGACGAUUGUAAAAUAAAUAUUUGAUUAUCUCUAAA